AUGGACAAUAUCAGUAUACCUAGUUCUGGUUGUGAACCUCCCAAUUCUUCUUCUCAAGGAGCAACAGCAGUGGAAGCCCAAACUGUUGACACAAUUACUCAACAGACUGUGCUCCCUACUGCUGCAGUUCCUGCAAAGAAAAGGAAAGUGGUUGAAUCCAGAUCAAGAGUUUGGGAUCAUUUUGUAAAGAUUACUGAUAGUAGUAAUGUUACUGUUGAAGCAAAGUGUAUCUACUGUGCAAAAGUGUAUCAAUGUCAAUCAAAAAAACAUGGUACUACAUCUUUAAGGAACCACAUGGUUAGCUGUAUGAAAAACCCUCACUCUAAAGAUACUAGGCAGUCCCUUCUAACAUUUCAAGUUGUUGCUACUAGUGAUGCAUCUGAACCAACUGUGGGAGAGUUGGGGACUUGGGUAUUUAAUCAGGAAACCAUUAGGAGAGCCUUGGUAGAAAUGAUUAUCAUAGAUGAACUUCCCUUUAUAUUUGUUGAGGGGCAAGGGUUUAGGAGGUUCAUUGCAGUGGCUUGUCCUAGGUUUAAAAUUCCAUCUAGGUGGACAAUCAGUAGGGAUAUCAAUGUCAUUUAUGAAGAAGAAAAAUUGAACUUGAAGUGCUUGUUUAGGGGAAACACUCAAAGAGUCAGUAUUACAACUGACUCUUGGACAUCUAUUCAGAGGAUAAACUAUAUGGUUGUAACUGCACAUUUUAUAGAUGAGGAGUGGAAGCUGCAUAAAAAAAUUAUCUCUUUUGUCCCUGUUACAUCACAUAAGGGUGAGUAUAUUGCAAAAGCACUUGAAAGUUGUUUGAUAGAGUGGGGGCUUAGGAAUGUUUUUACUGUGACAGUAGAUAAUGCUUCAUCAAAUGAUGUUGCACUUGGUUUUUUAAAAAGGAAAGUGUUGUCAUGGGGAUCAUCUACUGUGAAGAGUAAAUAUCUUCACAUGAGAUGCAUUGCUCAUAUUCUGAACUUGGUGGUACAAGAUGGUCUAAAACAAUGUGAUAUUGCUGUUAAAAGGGUUAGGGAGGUUGUUAGAUAUGUCAGAAGUUCUCCUUCAAGGUUGAAGAAGUUUAGGGACUUGGCAGAGUAUAGUGGAAUUGAGCAAAAAACAUCCUUGUGUCUUGAUGUGCCAACAAGGUGGAAUUCCACAUAUUUGAUGUUACAGUCUGCUUUGAUCUACCAGAAAGUAUUUGAUGACUAUGAAUACAGUGAUAACUCUUUCAAAUCUGAUCUGGGUGAUUCUAUUCCUACUUCUCUGGAUUGGGAGUCAGUGAACAACUUGGUUAAGCUGUUGAAAUGUUUCUAUGAGAUGACUAUCAGAAUUUCAGGGUCCCUAUAUGUGACAGCUAACACAUUUUUCUCUGAAAUUUCUGACCUGUAUUGUAUCUUGAAUGAAAUGGUGGAAGCUGAUGGGGCUGUGAAACUAAUGGGGGCUAACAUGAAAGCAAAAUUUGAAAAAUAUUGGGGUGAUAUUGACAAAAUGAAUUAUAUGAUUUUCUUUGCAAACAUUUUAGAUCCCAGAGACAAGUUAGAAUAUAUGCCAACUCAAUUAGUUCAUAUGUAUGGUGAGCAAAAAGGAAAAGAUUACCUUGACAAAUUGUUGGCUGGUUUGAAUGAAUUGUAUGAUGAUUAUGCUGUGAGUUAUAGCCCAUCUGUUGUCCCAGCUUCUGGUUCUGGUUCUGUAGCAUCUGUUAAUCCUAAUGUUGAGUCUGUUUCUGCCCCUGUUGGGAGGCCACAACAUCUAUUGAAGGCCCAAAUUAAGAAACAAAGAAUGGAAACUGGUGGGAGGAAAAAAACUGAGUUGGAAUAUUAUUUGAGUGAGGCAAUAACUGAAGAUGAAGGAUCAUUUGAUAUACUGCGAUGGUGGAAGGUCAAUUCUGCAAGGUUUCCUAUCCUUUCAAAGAUUGCUAGGGAUAUCUUAGCUAUUCCUAUCUCAACUGUUGCCUCAGAAUCUGCCUUUAGUACAUCUGGGAGGGUUUUAGAUCCUUUUAGGAGUUCUUUAACUCCUAAAAUUGUGGAAGCCUUGGUAUGUACCCAGGAUUGGCUUAGGCUGCCAAAUACCCCCAUUUCAAUUGAAGAAAAUCUAGAAGAAUUAGAAAGAUUUGAGAAAGAAUUUAGUGUUGAUGGUGGAAGUGCAUCUGGUGGGAGGACUUGUGGAACUACACUACCAACUAUUCCUAUUCUAAAGUUUAGAAAAAGAGGGUGUUACAAUAAUAGCAAUCACCCGGAUAAUACCCAUAGGGACAAUGGUGUUCCUCACUAUUCUGACUCCAUGCAGAAUGAGAGCCAUGAUGCUAAUGACAGCCAGAAUGCAGCCUAUGAUCUCGCGGACAAUCUUAGAAGGUCCAGUAGACAAUGCCAAGUAUCAAGCCGGUUGCAAGACUAUUACUGUGACUCAGUCAUGAAGAACAAAACUACUCCUCACUUCCUCUCAAAGGUGUUGUCAUAUGAUAGACUUGAACUUCCACAUAAAAUUUUCUCCAUGGCUGUUACAGCCAUCAAUGAGCCAAAGACAUAUACACAAGCAGUUAAACACGACUGUUGGAAGGAGACCAUGGCCACAAAGAUAGAUGCUCUUCAAAAGAACAACGCCUGA